GUCCAACUAGUACAUCAUGCAUGACAUGUAUUUCAUUUUCAUGCGUAAAAUUCUUUCCAAAAACGUCGUUACUUAUGUUUUAAGGCAUUGUUAGUCGGAUCAUCAGCAUGCAUAAAUUACUGACCUUGUUGACGGGCCUGACGUUAGCCAGCCUUUUCUUCUACCUCCUCCUGAGUGUUUACGUCUUCAUUCACACAAGCCGUCCCCCCUCGCCAUUCAGCAUAAAACGUGGUUUCAUCAGGAACGCUACAGAUCGGCCGAAGGUUUUAACUGGUCCGAGUCUGCAUCCAGAAACAACCUUACCUCCAAUCCAUGGAGCUGUUCGUCAUUACAAAUCUCUUCUGGAUAAUCGGACAGUGGACUUGGGCUGCACCUCCUGCGCUGUUGUCUCAAGCUCCGGAUACUUGCUCGGCACAAAAGCCGGGCCGGAGAUCGACCGUCACUCCUGCGUCAUCAGACUGAACAUGGCACCGGUCAAAGGUUACGAGAAAGACGUCGGAACGCGGACAAGUCUCCGUGUCAUGAACUUCUUCAUGUUGGGCUUUGAGCCAGAGACUAUGCCCCCCAAUAGCCACAUCAUGGUCUGGGGUCUGUUGAAGAGAACGUCUUAUUUAGAGAAUGCAAGGAAUUUGUCGAGACGACUAAGCACAGGCUCGACUAUUCACGGCCAGACGCAUAAAGGAGAACUGGAAGCAGAGGAGUUGUUUGCUAAGGAAACUGGACUUCAUCCCGUGAAGACAAGAUCCUGGAUAUCCACUGGUUGGUUUGCGAUGAUGAUUGCCAUAGAUAUAUGCCGAGAGAUUCACGUAUACGGCAUGGUUCCAUCCGACUACUGCGCGAGAAAACCCAAGAAGGAUGUUCCCUACCACUACUACGAGACUCCCUAUGUCAAGGAAUGUUCGACCUACAACAAAGCACAGGGCGAUAAAACGGGUAACCAUCGUUUCAUCUCGGAGAAGUCCGUCUUUGCGAGAUGGGCUCAACGAUUCAACAUCACUUUCCACUAUCCUAGCUGGUCAGAGGGACUUGACCCGCAAUUGUUUCAAAAACCUGGCCCGUUAUUAGAGACAUUAAUUCAUUGGAUCCGGACUUAGGUUUGUACCACUGAGACAGAUAUAGAAACAAAAUUCCCACAAAUCUGACCGGAGCCAAUCAUAAGUCAAUCGCAUGACCAUCAUCAUCAUCGUCAUCAUCACCUACAUGUAGCAGUCGCAACCGAGAUCUCGUUCACAAUGCCACAUGUACUGGGAAGGUCUUCAAUUUCACAUUGGGUGUCUCUGCCAAUCACAUCAAUGUAGUUGAAAGGUCUUUGUCCUCUAUCAGUGCACGGAAGUCUCCAACAUAAUACAUGAGAUAUGACCUGGUUUACAGGGGGCCGUGUCAUAUUAGUCCGACGCCUCGUAGGUCUGACGCCUCAUAAUUCCGAAAUUUCGGACUUGUGAGGCGUUGUACUUAUGAGGCAUAACAUUUAUUUAUUCUGCCUCAUAGGUCCGACGCCUCAUAAGUCUGACACCUCAUAAGUCUGUCGUUGGAAAAACGAGGCGUUUAAUUUGUCGGACCUAUGAGGCGUCGGAGCUACGAGGCGUCGGACUUAUGAGGCGUUGGGCCUAUGAGGCGUCGGACUUGUGGGCCUUUAUUUGGUUAGGUGAUGCAAUUUUGUCGAACUUAUGAGGCGUCGGACCUAUGAGACGUCGGACUUAUGAGCAGACCCCAUUUACAGCACGAUAGCAGUGGCCAGCAAAGCGAUCUCAUCGUUAGGCAACAAUAGCAGAGACAGGUGGAAUGUCUCCGUAGAUCUGUUCCUUAGUCCUGACCAUAAGUCAGUCAUAAGUCCUCACAAGUUUAGUUAUCGCAAGUGUCCUACUGACAGAGAUGUAAAUAUCUUGUCACAUGUCAGCUUUGAUGUCCUUGCAAAUUCAUCACAACUCAAUCACAAGUUAAUGACAACCCAUGUUUCGGUGGAUGAUCACAAGUCAGUCGUAAGUCCUCAGGAGUUAUCUUAAGUGUAUCACAAGUUAAUCAAAAGGCAAUUAAAAGUCAAUCACAAGCAAAUUACAAGUUGAUAACGCUUUUACAAAGCCAAUCACACACACAAGUUACAAAGUCAAUCAUAAACAAGUCACAACUUGAUCACAAGUUCUUACCACUGAAAUUUAAUCACAAACAAAUGACAAGUUGAUCGCAAAUUCUUACAACUUGAAAAAAAGUCAGUCACACAAACAAAUCACAAAGUUAAUCACAAACAAAUCACAGGUUGAUCCCAAGUUCUUACAACUCAAAGUCAAUCACAGACAAAUGACAAGUUGAACACAAGUUCUUACAACUCAAACACAUUCAGUCACAUAAACAAAUCAUAAAGUCAAUCACAACAAAAUUACAAGUUGAACGCAAGUUCUUACAACUCAAACAUAGUCAAUCACAGACAAAUGACAAGUUGAUCGCAAGUUCUUACAACUCAAACAUAGUCAAUCGCAGACAAAUGAUAAGUUGUUCGCUAGUUCUUACAACUCAAAGAAAGUCAUACUUUAGUUGGUCAUAUCAAGUCACCAGCUGUUCAUGAAAUUAUCUGUGACAAUCAUCAUUUGUCAUUGUUUGUGCAAACGUACUUAAGACUUGACUUGUGGUUUUACUCGUGAUUUUACUUUGGAUUGAUUUGUGAUUUAUAUUGUGAUGGACCUCACUUCAACUCGGACCAUUGAAAUAAAAUCUGGCCAGGGGCAGUUCUUUUCAUUAAAGGGGACAUUUUGCAGUACAAAGUAGAAGACCGAAACAGUGUAUUUAAGUGUUUUGAUGAUUCACAGGGAUUUAUACAAACAUAUUUAUUUAUUUGUAUAUUAUAGAAUGUCCCUUCAAUUGCACACUCACUCCAGGUGAAGCCUGCUCCUACUAGUUUUCUCUGUAAAAUUUUGAAUUUUCUGUAUAAAAUGACAAUUAUGUAAAUUUGAUUUUAUCUCAAAUAAAACUGUUUUUGAAGUAUACAUUAUUGUAUUGCUAUUAAAACCAUGCAUUGUUUUGUUCUCCUGUUUUACAUAUAACAAAGUACAGAACAGUUUUGUUUUUUUUAUUAUUAAAAAACAUGUUUUUAUACCAAAGUUGAUUGUU